GGGCAUGACAGUGACAUCUGGGAGUGUGACACUAAUCAAAGACUCCCAGAACCUGAUUGGUAUAAGUAUUGGAGGUGGCGCCCCCCUGUGUCCAUGUCUUUAUGUCGUGCAAAUAUUCGACAACACACCUGCUGCCAAAGACGCCACUCUUGCUUCUGGUGAUGAAAUUGUGGGUGUCAGUGGACAGUCUGUGAAAGGAAAGACUAAAGUGGAAGUAGCACGUAUGAUUCAAGCUGUAAAGACUGAGGUUACUAUUAACUACAACAAACUCCAUGCUGAGGUGAAAAGAGGCAAAACUUUAGAUAUAAUUCUUAAAAAGAUGAAACAUUCCAUAGUUGAGUCAAUGAGUUCCAGUACAGCAGAUGCCUUGGGUCUUAGCAGAGCAAUCCUAUGUAAUGAUAUUUUAGUUAAGAAGUUAGAAGACUUGGAAAUGACAGGGGGAACUUAUGCUGGCCUAGUGUCACACAUUAAACGUCUCCUCAGAGCAUUUUUCGAUCUGGCCCAGUCUCAUAGAGCAUUUGGUGAGGUUUUCUGUGCAAUAGGGGUGAGAGAGCCUCAGAAAUCAGCCAGUGAGGCAUUCUCUGAGUUUGGUGAGGCACAUAGAAAUAUUGAGAAAUUCGCCAUCAAGAUGUUGAAGACUGUGAAACCAAUGAUAAGUGAUCUGAACACAUACCUAAACAAAGCUGUACCUGAUACUAGGCUGACAGUGAAGAAAUAUCUUGAUGCAAAGUUUGAAUAUCUGUCAUACUGCCUGAAGGUAAAAGAAAUGGAUGAUGAAGAGUACAGCUAUGCUGCCCUCCAAGAGCCCCUUUAUAGAGUAGAGACUGGCAAUUAUGAAUAUAGAUUGGUGCUGAGGUGUCGCCAAAUGGCCAGGGUGAAAUUUGCCAAAAUGAGAAGUGAUGUUUUAGUAAAACUAGAACUUCUAGAUCAGAAACAUGUCCAAGAUAUAGUAUUCCAGCUACAGAAACUAGUCAAUGCAAUGUCUCACUACCACAAUGAAUGCCAUGUGAGUAUGAAAAAUGGCAACUGGUUCCCAAUAGAGGUAGACCUAUCCCAGAGUACCUUCACAUAUGACAAAUCCAAUCAGUUUGAUGAUGAAGAGGAUGAGGAAGGAGAUGAGGAAGAGGACACUAGUGCUGAAGUAGGAGCAACUGGGGGAACAACCGGGGAGGAACUUAUAAGUACUGAUCUCCUUGGAGAUUAAAACUGUGUUUAACUUUACAAUGGAUGUACAGUUGCAUAUAGUGAAAAUUUCUGGAUUGGAAAUAAAGUUCUGAAUCUUGGAUCUGUCUCUUGAGUUCAACCACAUCUGCAUUAUACAGUAUAUUGAGGACAAUAUUAACGGGGGUGAAUGGUUACUUGAUGCAAGAGAUACUAUUUUACAUUGAAUCCCUCAUACUUCAGGUUUCUGUACACAUACUUUUGACAUAUCUCUGAGACUAAUCAGAGGUUAAGCCCAGGUCUAGUAGAUUACAUGGAUAUGGAUAGAUACAAAAGAAAAAUACUGAAAUGCCUACCUACUCUAAUUGAGAAAUCACAAAAGUUAGACAAUGAACAUACUGUAAUUAAAAUUCAUUUAUUGUUAGUUUUGAUUUGGCUCACAUUUUAGCUGAUGAUUAUUAGGUGAUUUGGCUAGCUAGUAUUUCCUCGAUUUAAAAUGGGUGCCAGUUUUUGGAAUUCCUGUUUGUUUCAAUGCAUUCUUUAUCAUUUCUAAAAUCAAUAAUUAAAGUGCAAUUUUUUGUGUGUAAAGAUAGCACUUAUUCAUUGGUCAAAAGGCAGCAGACAAAUUAUGAUAUGUUGCUGGAUCAGCUGCAUAAUCGUUGUUUUAAAAACUUGGAAGUAAAAUUGUUAAGCUAUUGAUAUGAAACCAAAUUAAAACUUUACAAAAGAGAAGUUGAUCACAAUCAAAUCACACAAUCGACUCAGAUCUGAUAAGUUAAGAUUCUCAGGAAGUUUUGAAAACAACUUCAUAUAAAAAUUGACUUUGUGAAAGCUUAAAUACUCAUGAAUUGGUAUUUGUAAGUCAUAAAAACCUGUUUAAGAAAACUAAUAUAUUGUUUCAUGCAGAGAGCUGUGUCUUAUGUGUGCUCAUUAACAUGUAAGUUGAAUGAGACAUUUUAAAGUCAGUUCGACUAUAAGAAUGGGGCUCCAUUUGAUGGGUUUUACUGUAUAUCUGACAGCUGAAUAUAAAUGUGAAUUAAGGUUCAGAAUCUCUUAAGGGUCCUGUUUUAGUUGGUUUCGUUAUUUUUCUUUAAUAUGAUUUAUGUUUAAAAUUGACUUGUAGUCAAAUCAGUUCUGUAUAUUAAUGUCAACAUUCCAUGCAAGUAAAGUUCAUUCCAUCAUAUUAAUAAGGGGUCAAUUAAAGUGGGGUUGGCAAUUAAAAGAGUGCUUAGCAGUUACUGGUCAUAAGGGAAUAACUAUCCUCUGAUUUAAAAAUUUCAUUAAACCAAAAGUACAAUGGCAACCAGGGGUAUACAUUACCAGAAGGGUUCCCAAUUUAAGAAUUCCUAUAUCCAUUCUACUAUGACAUCAUACGGAUUUUUCAGUUGGGAAUAUUCUGGUAAUGUCAGGGACAUGAUCUUGAAAAAGCAAACAGAAUUAUAGUAUGCCAUCCGAGAGAUGGAUUUAAUGAUUUGAAUACUUCUCCAUCCUCAUCUCUACAUGUUGCUAUGUCCCAAAAUGUAUCCCAGACUGACUUAAAAUUGUGAUAUUAUUGUUAAGGGCUAAGACAGUUAGAUCUUGGUAGGCCUUUGACUGAAUUAAUUUUUCACAAAUUUUCAAAAAUCACUCUUCUAGAUAUUGAAUAAUUUUCUUUUGAUUUAAAGAACAGAUUUUUUUCGAAAUUCAGCCUCUAGUAAUAUUUCUGAAAUGGCUUGAUCUAAAGGCAUGAUCUAAUUGUCUGCCCUGAAGUAAUACUGAAAGUUACCAUACAAUUUAUUGUGCAAUAUAAAAUGAUAUUGUUAUAUCUAUAUAUGUAAAUAUUCAACCUAGAAUAACAGGUUAUCAGAAGAAAUCCAUAAAAUUAUAUGAA